AACGCGACGCACUGAGGUCGUUUGCCUUCCUUUUGCACAUGUGAGGUAAGCGACCUUUAAGCAACCGAAGCAGUGUUUCAUUUCGUCUUCAUUUAUGUCCAGUCGGUGACAAUGCUUCUCGUGAGGAGAGCCGUACAGACGGCGGCGAGGACAAAUCACUGCAGGUCUUUUUCCACCUCUCAGACUCACCUGAACGAGAGAAAAGGUCUGGUGCUGGGAGUGUUUGAGAAGGAGGGAGAGGAGGGCAGCCUUCUCCUGACAGAGGCGGCAGAAGGUUUUGAUAAAACUCUGUCUGGAAAACUGUCAGAACUGCUGAAAAUAUCUGGACCUGUGCUCAAAAAAGGAAAAAGCAGAAUAUUUUAUGGGAUUCACAAGGACUUCCCCUGUGUGGCAGUAGUGGGGCUGGGUAAACACAAUGCUGGUGUUUGUGGGCUGGAGAACUGGGACACCAGCAAGGAGAACAUCAGGCAGGCAGUGUCGGCCGGCUGCCGGCUACUUCAGGACCUGGAGGUGAAACACGUGGAGGUGGACGGUUGUGGAAACAACCAGGCGGCGGCAGAAGGUGCCACUCUGGGUUUGUUUCAGUACGACCAACUCAAAUCCAAGAAGAAGACCAAAGUAACGACACAGCUUCACGGCAGUGCUGACAAAGUGGGCUGGGAGAAAGGAGUUAUGUAUGGCGAAGGCCAAAACCUGGCCCGACUUCUCAUGGAAGCUCCGGCCAAUCACAUAACUCCUACUGCUUUUGCCAACACCAUCGAAGAGAAACUAGCUCCACACUCUGAGCGAGUCACAAUUAAGAAGAGAUCCCAGGCUUGGAUAGAGGAGCAGCAGAUGGGAGCCUUCCUUAGUGUGUCUAAAGGAUCAGAGGAGCCCCCUGUCUUCCUGGAGCUACAUUACAACGGUUCAGCUGAAAGUAAGCAGCAACCGCUGCUGCUGGUGGGCAAAGGCAUCACAUUUGACAGUGGAGGUAUUUCUCUGAAGCCCUCGCUUUCUAUGGACGCAAUGAGAGCAGAUAUGGGCGGAGCCGCCACCGUGUGCGCGGCCAUCGUCACGGCAGCGGCUCUGAAGCUGCCGGUCAACAUCAUCGGUCUGGCCCCGCUGUGUGAGAACAUGCCCAGCGGAAAGGCGACCAAACCAGGCGACGUUGUCACGGCCAAGAACGGAAAAACUAUUCAGGUUGAUAACACAGAUGCAGAGGGCAGACUGAUCCUCGCUGAUGCUCUCUGUUAUGGACACGCCUUCAACCCCAAAGCCAUUGUCAAUGUUGCUACGCUAACAGGUGCAAUGGAUGUAGCUCUCGGCUCGGCGGCAACAGGAGUAUUUACAAAUUCUGACUGGCUCUGGGAGCAGCUGCACAAGGCCAGUGUUGUGACAGGUGACAGAGUGUGGCGGAUGCCUCUGUUCCAGCACUACACCCAACAGGUGACUGACAGCCAGCUGGCCGACCUCAACAACAUCGGCAAGUACAGCCGUUCUGGUGGUGCCUGCACAGCAGCUGCUUUCCUGAGGGAGUUUGUCACAGCUCCUCACUGGGCUCAUCUGGACAUUGCUGGUGUGAUGAGUAACAAAGAUGAAGUUCCUUACUUGAGGAAAGGCAUGUCCGGACGACCAACACGUACGUUGGUGGAGUUUGCUGCCGGGCUGGCCCACAGUGACUGAGAGAUGUACAGAAAAUCUGAUCAGACGCUUGGGAAUAACUCUUCUAGUGAGAUUCAAAUAUGACAACGACGGAGAGCUAUACGUCAAGGGUCAACGUCCAUCUAUAUUUGAACAGUUCCUUGGAAGAACUGAUAAUAGAAAGAUAAAAAAUAAAUAUUCUGUAAAGUUUUUAGGCUUUGUGUAAUUCCCCUUUCUGUCCCAAAAACUGGUUGUGAGUUAUUAAUACUUAGUCAUUUAUAUGUUACAUAAAUGAAUUGGUAAAUAAAACGUAUUUAAUAAA